CAACUCUAAACCACUACUAGUUACAAUCAUCAUCCCCAUCAACCCCUGCCACUCUUCCAUCCCGCAUCUCUUUCCUCCUCUCCCACUUCUCUCCAGUGCUGGCAACACCCUCCCAGCGCUGGAUCCCCCACCAUGAUCACUCUCACCCCCUUGUCCUCCUCCGCAUCAUCGUCCUCCACCUCGGAACCCGUCGCCUACUUUCUCGAGCUCGACGAUGCCCGCAUUCUCCUCGACAUGGGGCAGCGCGACUACCGCGCCAGCCUUGAGCAGGACAACUGGGAAUAUGAGGACAAGAUCAAGGAACUUGCACCGACUCUCUCCCUGGUACUCCUGUCUCACUCGCCGUCCACUUAUCUCGGCUUGUACCCGUAUGCGCGAGCACACUGGGGUCUCACGUGCCCCGUCUACGCUACCCAGCCCACCGUCGAGAUGGGUCGUGUAGUUUGCUUGUCCGAGGCCGAGAGCUGGCGCUCAGAGUGCCCAGUCGAAGUGGCGGAUGGCGAGGAAGACACAGCCAUAAUUGCCAAGGGGUCCAACCCACCACGGGGUCGCUACGUGCCUACCGUCGAGGAGAUUCACGAGGCCUUCAACCACGUCAAGGCUAUCCGUUACAAUCAGCCAUUGCAUUUGGGAGGCGACCUGUCCCAUUUGUUGGUGACGCCGUUCCCGUCCGGCCAUGUGCUCGGAGGAACACUGUUCAAAAUCCGUUCCCCGACGUCAGGUACUGUGCUGUACGCAGUGGGCAUGAACCACACCGGCGAGCGCCACAUUGACGGCAUGGUUACAGGACAAGGCGGCCUUACAGGAUAUGCCGAGGAUAUUCGACGACCUGAUCUUCUCAUCGUCGAAGGCGACCGAGCGCUGGUCACCAACCCCAAGCGCCGCGAUCGUGAGACGGCCAUCCUCGAAGUCAUCACCAACACCCUACAGUCUGGACACUCGGUUCUGAUGCCAAGUGACCCCUCACCGCGUCUCCUUGAGCUACUUGUCCUCCUUGACCAGCACUGGUCGUUCAAGAUCAACCCCUCCGGCAAGCCCGAUCCUGGACCAGCUUCAGCUUCGGGCUGGAAGUAUCCUCUUUGUGUCGUCAGCAGGACUGCACAAGACAUGGUCAACUUUGCCCGCAGUUUGAUAGAGUGGAUGGGCGGCGUUGUGCGCGAGUCAUCUGCCGAUGACGUGAUGGGCGUGCAGGCUGGACGGGGAAGGAAGCGCAGAACCCGCCAGAUUGCUGUGGGCUCCGAGUAUGGUGCUCUUGACUUCAACCACGUCGAGUUCUUCUCGUCGCACGACAUGCUUCUGCGCAAGCACCCUCUAAUCGAGCCAAAGCUCGUCAUUGCGGUGCCCACAACAAUGUCGCAUGGUCCAUCCCGAUUCCUCUUCACCAUCAUGGCCUCCAAGCCUGGGAAUGUCGUGCUGCUCACCAAUCGUGGUGAGGAGAACACCCUUGCACGAGAACUGUACUCGCAGUGGGAGAAGGAGCAGACUGAGGAUGCCAAGUGGGGGCGUGGCAAGAUCGGCGAGAUCGUCGCUCUGCAAGGGCCACUCAAGUUCGAAAUGGACGAAAGGAUUCCCCUCAGCGGCGAAGAGCUUGAAGAGUACGAGGAGAGGGAACGGCAGAAAAAGGAGCGUGAGGCGGCUCAACAGGCCGCUCUGGACCGCUCAAAGCGCAUGCUCGAGGCCGACGACCUAGAGUCGGACUCGGACAGCGACAGUGACGAGGAGGGUGUGCGCGGGAUUCUCACUACCCGCACCGAAGGCGCAAACACGUUUGCCGGUGACAAUGAGGAUCUGCGCACCAUGUCCUUUGACAUUUUCGUCAAAGGCCAGCAAACACGAGUGGGCCGUGGUGUGGCGGGCGAGAUGGCGCGGUUCCGAAUGUUUCCUUUCCUGGCCAAGGCGCGUCGUGUUGACUCGUACGGCGAAGGCCUUGACAUUGGGCAGUGGGUUCGCAAGGGUCGCGAGAUCGAGGAGGAGGGUGAAACGGAGGAGGUGCGCGAGGCUAAGCGACGCAAACUUGAGGAUGAGGAGAAGGCGGCGGUACCUCCUGAGCCUCCAUCCAAGUUCAUUAGCAGCGCCGUGACACUGCAGCCGCGCGCGUCGAUCGAGUACGUCGACAUGGACGGCAUGCACGAUGGGCAGGCGAUCAAGACCAUCAUCGCGGAUCUGCAACCGCGCAAGCUUGUGCUGGUCAAGUCAAACGAGGCCUCGACUAAGGCGCUUCUCGACUUCUUCAAGUCAACUCCCUCAAUCACGCAUGAGGUGUUCUACCCCGCCACGAACGAGUCGGUGCGCAUCGGCGAGCACGUGCAGAGUUUCUCCCUCCAGCUCGGAGAUAGCAUCUCGGCGCUCGUCAGCGGCAAGUGGUCUAAGUUUGAGGGCUACGAGGUCGCCAUGGUGGACGGCAAGCUGGCGUACGCGUCGGGCUCGACGGUGCCUUUGCUUGAGGCGCCGAGUGUCGUCCUCCCGCCUGUAGCCGAGGUCAAGGAGGAGCCUGAAGCCGUGGCGGCGGCGGAGGCAGAGGAGAAGGUGCGGGCCGAGGUUGAGGAAGAGACGAAGGCCGAAGCCGAGGCUGAUGCGCCUGUGGAAGUGGCCGAGGCGGCGGAGGACGUCGCCCUGGAAGAGGGCAAGCCGGACAUUGUCACAGACGAGCCCGCGACCGCCGCAGACGCCGAGACGGCCGCGGACGAGGCGGCCGAGGCGGCGGUGGUCGUGAAAGAGGAGCUGUUUGAGCCAAUCGAGCCCGAAGUCGUCGCACCAAAGCCCUUGCCGUCCGGUCCCGCGCCGCUCCCCGGCUCGCUGUUUAUUGGCGACCUGCGCCUGCUGGCACUCAAGAACCGGCUGGCAGGCCAGAAGAUCGAUGCGCAGUUUGCGGGCGAGGGUGUGCUCGUAUGCGGCACCGAGGGGCGGGGGAGCAUGGUGGUGGUGCGCAAGCUCGGCGAGGGGCAGGUGGUGCUCGAGGGCGCCGUGAGCCGGACAUACUAUGCCGUACGCAAGGAGCUGUACGGGUCCUAUGCGCAGGUCACGGCGAUGUAGGCUGACGGAGCAACAAUGCAUGACUACAACUACUUAGCCGGGCCCUCGAUCGCCUCGCGCGCGCUGCCGUUAGCCUGCAGCUCUCUCCUCCUCCCAAAACUCACCCCCACCCAAUCGCCCCCGCACUCUCAUACUCGACGCGCUCCAGCCGCUCCACGACAUCGCGGAGCAGCACGCGCUGCUCGCGCGCCG